AAGAAACCCACUCCCCUUCUCCACCAUCAUCCCCUUCUCUUUUAUCUGUUGGCCUUUGUUGUACGUAGGUAAGAAGAUGAAGGCAUCCUACCUUGCAGUGUGUGUCAUGCUCGUGCUGCUUCUAGCUGAAGCCCAUGUUUCAAUGGCUGUCACUUGCAAGCCAACAGAACUGGCAUCCUGCGCUUCUGCAAUCAUGUCUGCAACUCCACCCUCUAAGCUGUGUUGCAGUAAGAUUAAGGAGCAGAAGCCAUGCCUGUGCAGCUAUCUCAAAAAUCCUAACCUCAAGAAGUUCGUCAGUUCCCCCAACGCCAGGAAGGUUGCCAACACAUGUGGUACGCCAUUUCCCAACUGCUAGAUGAUGAGCUAAAUGGUUGGUUUAGGCUCCUAGCUUCAUCCUCCAUGUCUAUUUCAGGUCGACCUAUUAAUUAAUCAUCUACUAUCAUAAUAUAAUUGUGCAGGGGAGGGGUGAUUGAAUUGUCUCAGAUCUCUAAUGUAGUUCUAUAUAUUAUUACUUAAUUAAAGACUACCAGUGGUGGCAAUCAAGUCUGGGUAAUAGAAAGUGUUUUGCUACUUCAUUUGAGUAUUGUAUUUUGUUGUAGUGAAUAUAUGUGGGUCUGUCAUUAAAUAUAUAAGUAAUAAACUAAAGAGUGAUAUAUUGAAUCAA